AUGGGUUCCCUAAUGGCAGGAUGGGAUUCACCCGUAUCAGAUUCUGAAUCAGCAAUACUCCAAAGGAAUCGAUCGCUAACCAAGGAAGAGAUCCAAGCUUACUGGAAAUCAAAGAAGAAAACGGAGGAAGAUCAUCUAAAGGCUAUUUAUAGUCCAUCAGAUAGCAGCAACCAGCUGCAGGAAAUUCGAUUCGAGGAGAGCGGAGGUAAAUUUAUAAGAUCAAGUUCCAUGCCUUUACCUCGGGCAAAACAGGGUUUUCCAGACACGGAGAAUAUCAUAGAGAAAAAUGGGUGGUGGACGAAGAGCAAUUGGGCGUUCUUGAAUGAGCCUUCUGUUCCUGAUGGCCCUACUAAUAGUUACACAUCGCAGUUCCACAUUGCAAACCUUGCUGACAAAGAUACUGGAAUCAGUGCUUAA